AUGUGGAUGAAUACUACUUCAUACUUCAAAGACGGAUAUGUGAGCCAGUCCACUGAUUAUCACUUUUAUCGGGCGCACCGUAGCGCAACAGGUUGCGUGCCUGCCUAUGGUCCAAAGGGUCACAAGUUCGAUCUCCGUCGGGAGCAGACCAAGGUGUUUAAGUAGUGUGGAUGGAUACAGCUUCAUAACCUAAAGAUAUACAUAUGUAUUACUAGAGUCUUCAUACCAAAAAAUCCAAGUAGUAACGGACCCGGUUAAUACACCGGAAACUUUCUUAAAUGUCCGAGCCAGUCCCGAAAGGCGUCGGAAAAUUACUUACAUGUCGAGGACUCCGGAAAAAACGGAAAGCCGGGAAACAGGCUUUUUUAUGGAGCUGAAGUGAAAGGCUGUUUUGUAGCCUAUAGCGCAACUGAUUUUGCGUUUGCCUACGGUCCACAGGGUCACAAGUUCGAUCCCUGCCACGACCGAAGGUAUUCAGAUAUUUUACGGCUUCUUUAUCAACAGACGUCUCAAAAAUGUAUAGAUAGUUUCACUGUUAUCCAUUACCACUGAUAUCCGGAUAGGACCUUGUCUAAUUUACAGGACUCAAGCGGUACAAAGUCGUGAGAUGCAAAAAAAGAUCAGGAAGAUAUCUUGGUUUCUUUUCAAUUUAUUAAAUAGCACAGAAUUUUAUUCAGACUACAGAGAGGUUCCAUGCUGAAUCAGGGAAUGAUUGAAGUGUCGGUGGACGGUUCACGAAACUGGCGUUGAUCAAGAACGGCACAUGGAACAUCACGCUUUUCUGGAGAUUGUAGUAGACGAAUGUCAUCGUAGAAAUUGA